AUGCCUAAGUUUCCGAGGGCUUUCGCGCGGCGAAAAUCUUCCGCAAAUGUAUUUGAAAAUGUCGGGCCUGAGGUGCCGGAACCCUCGUUCAAGGUUUUUGAACGAGGAGAGUCUGCAAGCAAGUCUUUCGAUGGAGGAGUGAAGCUUGCCAAAGCUGGGUCACCCGGCAGACCGAGGACUUCACAACUGGACACUGACAACAUGUUUGAAAAUCUUGGGAACAAUCGUGGCAGUGGCGCGUCGAACAACGCGUCUUUAACGACGGACAAUUCUUCUCGACUGAGCGCAGCAUCAACUGCCCCGUCUUCUACGAAUACUCCAGAACGCGAUGAAUGGAGGUCUCCUCACGACAAGCCUUAUGAUAACAUCCCGAUGCCUCCAGUCCCGAGGUCAACAUCAACAUUUUCUCUGAAAAACGCAGGUAGAUCUCUGUCCUGGGGAAGAAACAAGCCAAUGCCACCUUCACCAAAAGAGUCCGAAUCUCCGAAAUUUGACGAAGAUAAAUCAGAGGGCAGAGAGAGAGCCGUGACGACUUCGAGUUAUGCGAGUACCACAAAAGCAUCGGUACCGGACAAAAAUCUAGGCUUAAGUUUAGGCGGUGAUUUCUCAGAUAUGUUUGCCGGUUUCGGCAAAAGAAAGAGCACUAUUUUGGAUGCGGAGGAAGAUAGAACAAUGUCCCAGAGUCCUGAAACACCUUCGCCCGGACCCGCUAAUCGACUCACAUCUAGCCGCCACAGUAAACCUUCUUCGCUCACCAUUGACAAACAAAAGGAUAUUGAGCCAUCACCAUAUUCUUGGAACAGCCAACAUUCUCGGGACGGAUUAAUAUCAAGAUUUAGCCCUAGCUCUUUUGGCCCAAGCCAGGAUGACUCCCCACCACCUCCACCUGUUCCUACACAUGGAUCUUCGCAAGUGAACACCGACAGCCCCUCAUCACUUACCCGGAUACCACGAAAGGAAGCUGCCGACAAUGGGUUGAAGAGGACUAGCGCACAUUAUGGCCGGAGACAAUCUACAAUCGACGAUUCCAUGGAUGAGGAUGCAAGACUUUUAAAGGAAUCUGCCAACGCAAGUCGACGACUGAAUGAUCCAGGCUAUAGAGUCCGUGACAGUUGGGCCCUCCCUUCAAAUCCGACAUAUAAAGUCGAUGAUUCUGUAGCCUCCAGCUGGAAGGCAGGAUCGAAUGAGACAACCCCAAAAGCGAAGCGCCACGAAUUGAUAGAAAACGAGGACAAUAUGUUCGACAGCCAAAUUGCGGCGUCAGCCAAUAUUGCUCAGAGGUUCCAGGAGAGGGCACAUUCUCCAUCAACAAAGCAAGCCCCUCAAAAUAGAGUCAUGACACCAGCUCAAUUCGAGAGAUAUAAGCAAGACCAGGAGAGACUUAGGAGUGUUGGAGGCCAGUCGAAUGACGACGCGGAUGAAGAAGAGGAUGAGACUUAUGAUGACGAUGAAGAUGAGGCUGAGAAGGCGAGACAGCUCGCAAAACAGCGAAGGAAACAGGAGGCUCACAUGGCUGUGUACAGACAACAGAUGAUGAAGGUAACCGGAGAAGCGGCUCCUGCCCGUCCAAGUGUGUUGGCUUCGCAAAGCAGUCCAAAUCUCGUUAACCCUGUGGAUGCCGAAGAGGAGGACGAGGAAGUUCCGUUGGCAAUUCUGCAAGCACAUGGAUUCCCGAACAAGAAUAAGCCACCAAUGCGGAGCAUGGGGUCGAAUCCAAACCUCAGGGCUUCUUCAGCCAUGGGUGGCGGAGGAGGCCAAUUACCAGUUUUUGCAAGAAAUCUACCCCAAGAUCCAUAUUUUGGGGCAGGCCUCGUCAAUCCAAUGCAUCGGGAGCCCUUGGCUUUCGGUGGUGGAUCUGGUUCUGUGAGCGGCGAACCUUCAAGAGGCUUGCCGCAGGGAGGGUUGGUUGGCGUGAUCGCCACAGAAGAGAGAUCGCGAGCUAUGAGGAGAGGCAGCCCGAAUGCCCAAGGGACAUACGGGCCUCCACCAUCCAACGGCUUCAACGGAAUGCAGGGACCUCCGUCCGUGGCUGGCAGCAUGUAUAACGGGAUUGGCCCAGCUGGACCAAUGGGUCCUAUGGGCCCAAUGGGUAUGAUGAACCCGAUGAUGAUGACUCCCGGAGACCAGGCUCAAAUCCAGAUGUCCCAGCAAAUGCAACAGUUUAUGGCGAUGCAAAUGCAAUUCAUGCAAAUGAUGACCAAUGGUCAGGGGCCGCCUGGGCAGGGCGGCCAUCAAUCGCACAACUCUAUGGGAGAAACUCACAGGCCAGCGAGCGCUCAACAAGUACGUCCAAUAAACGCACAACAGCGUGCAAUGACGAUGAUGGAGCCCAACGCCGCUCCCUGGAUGAACCGAAAUUCCAUGUAUACACCAUCCAUCCAUGGCAACGGCGGCUAUGCUCCUUCAAUAGCACCUUCUGAGCGAAGUAAUGUGGGAUUGCCAGGUCGAUACAGGCCCGUCUCACAAGCUCCUCUAACGCACCAAAACAAGAUGAUGAGAAGCUCAACUAUGAUGUCUGGAGGUCUUGGAGGCUGGGAGGACAAGCACGCCUCGACAACAAUUAGACCUGUGAAGAAAUCCGGAAACGCCUCUGAUGAAGACGAUGAAGAGGGCUGGGAAGAGAUGGCCAAAAAACGCGAGAAGAAGAAGUCAGCGUGGAGAACAAAGAAAGAUAAGGACCCUAAUGGAUUGAAGGAGAUGUUUGGUUAUACGCUGUAA